UCUUUCCAUCCUCCUAGGCUCAGCUCUCAGCCCUCCUGGACAGCCUCAUUUCUUAGCCUGCGGGAACCAGGAACCCAGGUGGGAUCAAAAAACUUCAGCUCCACGAUGGUGACAACCUUACUUCAUUUGCUGCCGGCAUUGUUGCUGCUGCUGCCUGACUGGGCCCUUUGUAGCCAGGAAGACUCAGAUGGUCCUCAGAGCCUCCACAUGCUCCACAUCUCCUACUUCCCCGACCCCUCUCACGUGCGGCACCAGGGCAACGCGACCCUGGGGGGGCGUCUGACACACACUCUGGAAGGCUCUGGUUCCAACAUCACCAUCCUACAGCUGCAGCCCCUGGAGGAGCCUGAGAGCUGGGCCCGCAGGGAGAGCAGACUGAAGGUUUACCUGACCCAGUUCCGAGCCCUCGUGCAGCUGGUGCAGCAAGAACGGAAGGGCAGUGUUGCCUUUCCUCUCACCAUCAGCUGCUUCCUGGGCUGUGAGCUGCCUCCUGAGGGCUCCAGUGCCCAUGUGUACUUCAACGUGGAAGUGAAUGGGAGUUCCUUUGUGAGUUUCAAGCCAGAAACAGCCUUGUGGGUAGCAGGUCCCCAGGACCCCUCAAAGGUGCUCACCUACACCCUCCAGCAGCUCAAUGCCUACAAUCGGACUCGGUAUGAAAUGCAAGAAUUCCUGCAAGACACCUGCGUGCAGUAUGUGGAGAAGCACUCGGCCAUGCCAGAUGAGAAAGGGAGCCAAACAGGACGCUCCUACACUUCGCUGGUCCUGGGUGUACUGAUGGGCUGUUUCAUCAUUGCUGGUGUGGCUGUGGGCAUCUUCCUGUGCACAGGUGGACGGCGCUGUUAAUUACACCCAAGUUCUUUCUUAAGAAAGGGCUGGAUUGAUGGGCUGGCAAGGGAUAAGUCUCAGCUCACAGAAAGCCAAACAGACUCUCCAGCUGGGACACCGUAUCACUAAAAGGUUUGAAGUGAAAGUUCUUUUCCUCUCCCAGAUCCGCUCACCAAGAGUUUAGGAGAGGAGACACAGGGAUACUAGGUAGAUAAAGAAACUUGGUUUGCUAAGAAUCUAAGAACUUUGUAUGUGCUGCUGAAUUGGCUUGAAAACUGAAUGCGUAUCUAUCUUUGUGGAAAACAGAUGGUGAAGGUGGGCAUGGGGCAUUUACAAAGACAGAAUCACCUGAAGCAUUCAAAACAUAUAGUAAUAAUAAUAAAAAACUAAGUUGUUCAAAACCAAAAUAAACAACAUUUAGUACUUC